UCUCCUCUCUGGACUCCUCUGUGGUCUCCUCUCUGGACUCCUCUGACCUCCUCUCUCCUCAUGGCCUCCUGGCGGCUCCUCACAGCUCUGACUGUGCUGCUGUUGGUCACAGUAGCUCUCGGUACGGAGGACAACGGCUGGUCCAUGACCGUGCAGUCGGAGGUUCGAGGCAUUGACGGCUACCCGGUGGUGCUGCCCUGCACCUUCAACCACCCGCAGCACUCCCAGCAUUCCUCGCUGCAGGUGCUGUGGCGCCGAGGCCAUGGCCAGAGUGCCGCCGUCAUCUACCAGUGCACCAGCCGGCCCGCCGACCCUUCCUGCGAGCCGGAUCCAGACCAGGACCAGCGAUACCGUCUGGAGGGAAACCCCCGGGAGCACGACUUGUCGCUGCGCAUCAACAGCGCCACCCUGCAGGACAACGGCCGCUACUACUGCCGAGUGGAGAUCCUGGGACGAGAACACAUCAGCUUUGAGGACAAGAUGGGAACCAGGCUGAGGGUGGAAGCCCCUCCCAGGAUCCUGGCCCUGUUGGUGGAGGGCAGCGAGCUGCUGGGGUACACAGCUCUGUGUCAGGUCCAGGGCUCCCCCCUACCGGACGUACAGUGGUUUGGCCCGGACCACCAGCUGGAAGCUUCUCCGUUGGGGCCGCCGGCUCAGGGGUCGCCAGCUCGGUACCGCACCAUCAGCGAGCUGAGGGACGUGGCGCCGGGUCAGCAGUACAUCUGCAGCGCCUCCAACCCGCUGGGUAAAGAGCAAGCCACUCUGUUUGUGCUGCCCCCCCAGCCACCGCUGCCCGUGGGCGGAGCUCCGCCUCACAUCCUGCUCCUCCUGUCGGUGGACCUGGGGGCCAAAGUGCUCCUGCUGGUGGUGAUGGGGGUGUGGAUGAUGCCCGGUGGGGCUCUGCAGAGACUCUGCUGCUGGACCAGGUGAACACCUGGAAACGUCCAGAUCGGAUCCAGAAUGAGGGAAAGCAGAUCCACUUUGGCAACAGAUUCAAACUCCAUAACUCGUGUAAAAACACGGAGAAAACAAAUAAAAGUGUUCAAAAGAAACAGAA